AUGGGGAAAGAUACAAAAAAAACCAUCGAGUCUACCUCUUUAGAGAAAGCCCUCGAGAGUAUCAGAGAGACACUCGACACAUCAAGUGACGAGGUCACCGUUGAGCUUGAUAAAGUGUCUUCUAAAGUCGCCGACAAAGUAAUCGAAUACCUAGACAACUUCGCAGAAAACCAGGCUACUCGACUCACCUACGACGCAGAGCUCAAGGUAUUUCGAGUUGUUGUUAUGCCUACACCAACACACGAAGCACAUAUUGACUGGUUGCACCAAUCAAUCCUUGACGCAGUUGGAGCGGGUCACCUUACUAGCCCAGAGAGUAAGCGUCUUCGUCUGUCUGGCGCAAAUCGGAAAAGGUUGACCAAUACUGCGAACCAAACCUCGACUAAGGAGCCUGAUGCUCUUCUGAUCCCCUUUAGCGUGACAGUCCCGACAAUUGUCGUUGAAACUGGGUGGAGUGAAAGCAAAAGGCAGUUGGUGAGGGACAAAAACAUUUGGCUUGGUGAUACCAGAGGACAAGUUCAGGCUGUAAUUGUUAUCAAGUGGCGACCGAAUUAUCACACACGCGAAGUGAGUGGUGUGUUGGAAGUCCAUAAGCCAAAUGCCAGCCCCAACGGUACCCUUGACCAGACCGAGAAAAUUUUCCCGAUUCCAACCAACGGCACCUCUCAAGUGAUACAAUUCACGAAAGCUGAGCUGUUUGCUGGCUCCCCCAUGUCAAUUCAAAAUCCAGGGCAGCUGAUCGACUUUACUUUGGAUGCGCUUCGUCUCACAGCCCAAGAGGCAAUGCAGGAACACGGUUUCAAUCCAAAGCCAUGA